CUCCCGAGCCGCCGAGCCGAGCCGGGGCGCAGCCCGCGCUCCCCGAAGCCUCCCGGCCGCCGCCCCGAAGCUGCCCCCGCGCACGAGUCUCCGCCGAGUGUCCGCGCGCCCGGAGCAGCCGUCGAGAUGGGUGAGUCAAACGAAGAUAUAGACCAAAUGUUCAGCAAUUUGCUGGGAGAGAUGGAUCUCCUGACUCAGAGUUUAGGAGUCGACAUUCUCCCUCCUCCAGAACCCAAACCACCUAGAGCUGAAUUUAACUACACUGUGGGGUUUAAGGAUUUAAAUGAGUCCUUAAAUGCACUGGAAGACCAAGAUUUAGAUGCUCUCAUGGCAGAUCUGGUAGCAGACAUAAGUGAAGCUGAGCAGAGGACAAUCCAGGCUCAGAAAGAGUCCCCUCAGAAACAGCCUCACUCAGCAGCCGUGUAUGUGCCAAGUUUCCAUGGUGCAGCCUCUCCUGGUUACGGGGCACAUGUUGCUGCAACGAGUCAGUUUGAUGACUUACCACCGCCACCAGCUGAUCCAGUGUUAGACCUUCCGCUGCCACCACCCCCUCCAGAACCCAUCUCUCAGGAAGAAGAAGAAGCUCAAGCCAAGGCUGAUAAAAUAAAACUGGCAUUGGAAAAACUGAAGGAGGCCAAGGUCAAGAAGCUCGUUGUCAAGAUACACAUGAAUGAUAACAGCUCGAAGUCACUGAUGGUGGAUGAACGGCAGUUAGCCCGAGACGUUCUCGACAACCUUUUUGAGAAAACCCACUGUGACUGUAACGUGGAUUGGUGUCUUUAUGAAAUAUAUCCAGAACUACAAAUUGAAAGGUUUUUUGAAGACCAUGAAAAUGUUGUUGAAAUCUUAUCAGACUGGACAAGAGACACAGAAAAUAAACUGUUAUUUUUGGAGAAAGAGGAAAAAUAUGCUGUAUUUAAAAACCCCCAGAAUUUUUACCUGGAUAACAAAGGAAAAAAAGAAAACAAAGAAACAAAUGAGAAAAUGAAUGCGAAGAACAAGGAAUCCUUGCUUGAGGAGAGUUUCUGCGGAACAUCCGUCAUUGUGCCAGAACUCGAGGGAGCUCUUUAUUUGAAAGAAGAUGGGAAGAAAUCCUGGAAAAGGCGCUAUUUUCUUUUACGAGCUUCUGGAAUUUAUUAUGUCCCCAAAGGAAAGACUAAGACAUCUCGAGAUCUGGCCUGUUUUAUACAGUUUGAAAAUGUCAACAUUUACUAUGGGAUUCAGUGUAAAAUGAAAUACAAAGCACCCACUGACUACUGCUUUGUUUUAAAGCAUCCCCAGAUUCAGAAGGAGUCCCAGUAUAUCAAGUAUCUGUGCUGUGAUGACGCCAGAGCGCUAAGCCAGUGGGUCACGGGAAUCAGGAUCGCCAAGUAUGGGAAGACGCUCUACGAUAACUAUCAGCGGGCCAUGGCCAGGGCAGGGCUUGCCUCUCGGUGGACAAACCUGGGCACAGUCAACGCAGUGCCACCAGCCCCGCCUCCCACAGGAGUUAAAACAAGCACCACCCAAGCCAAUGGUCAGAUCCCCCAGGCAACACAGUCUAUGAAUACUGCUCUCGGAGAAGACCGGAGACACCUUGAAACAACCAAGGACAAGAAGCCCGGCCUCGGCAGCCACGACCCCGGAGCGCCCAGGGCCCAGCCCCCUCCCAAGUCCAGCCUGCCUCCGCCGCCUCCUCCGGUGCGCCGGUCCUCGGACGUGGGCGGCGGCAGCCCGGGGACGCCCCCCAAGGCCAAGAGCGCGGCCGCUAGCUUCCCAGCCCAGCCCGACGACCUCCUGCCACCGCCCCCGCCGCCGCCGCCGCCCCUGGAGGACGACGAACUCCCCCCGCCACCCCCCGACUUUAACGACGCGCCCCCAGACUUCGUGCCUCCCCCGCCGCCGUCGUUUGCGGGGGAUUUGGGGUUCUCGCUGCCGCCACCGCCGCCACCCCCACCCGCCCUCGCCCCCGAACCCGCGAGGACGCCCCCGGUGGUCGUCAAAAGGCCGCCGCCUCCGCCGAAGAGGCAGGAAAACCCAGGACCGCCGGGCGGGGCAGGCGGGGAGCAAGAUUUCAUGUCGGAUCUCAUGAAAGCUUUGCAGAAGAAGAGAGGCAACAUGUCCUAAAGGGAAGCUUAGAAAUACCUUUUGGUGAUGGGCGUAACAUUGCUAGCCUGACAUGUAUUUUUGCUACUUUGUUUCCAUGACAUCUCGUUCAUUUUAGAUACAGUAUUGAAGUAGAAUAUGCAAAUGUAAACUUCGCCCUGUUGCCCAAGUACAUUAGUAAUCCUUAACCUGCACAGAAUUCAGACUAUCUGCGUCAAUGUACGUAUUUUUUCUGUGUAUUCCCAUUUCCAUGGAUUUUUAUUUUCCCUUUCAGGUUAACUAAAAUAAUGUUUUUGUUCAUUUAUUUUAUUAUGUUCUGAACCAUCAAAUUAAUAAAAGUUUAAAAUGUUU